CUAUAUAAGGAAUGAACUGAGCAAACUGGAUGGACAAACACACUCAUCACAAAGCGGGAAGAUUCAGCUGAAGAGGACCAGGAUGGCAAGUCAUGUGGACCGACAAACUGUUUUCUGCACCACUAAGGUCCGGACCACUCUGCGCAAAGACGGCAGCUGGAUCCGGCAGAGCAGCACGGAACCAAAAUAUGCACAAACAGGUAAAUCUCCAGUCUAUGAGCCCUCUGUGGAAUCCAGUCCAAUUGCCACCAACAGUAGCCCCACCCCUGUAAAUCCCACCACACUGAAUCCCACUCCACUAAAUCCCAGCUCACUGACUUCCACUCCUGUAAAUCCCACCCCACUGAAUCCAACCCCACUAAAUCCCACCCCACUGAGUGCCAAGCAACUAAGUCCCACUGCAAAAAGCCCCACCUCUCAGAGUCCCACCUUUGUCCAGGACACACCCACUUCUCUGGGAUGGAAAGAAAGGAGCAGUGGCACAUAUGUGCUGUCAACAUUAAGGAAAUUUGAAUCUCUGGAGUCACCAGAGAGCACACCAGUAAAAAACCUUUCCAGUUUGCCCAAAAGUGUCAACCCUGAAGGUGCAUCUGGGUCAAAACAGUUAGAUGCAGUUACAGCACAUCUGACAAAGGCACCGGAACUUGUGGCACCUGUGGAAAAAGCACCCGAAGUUACAGCACCUGUAGCAAACACACCUGAAGUUACUGCACCUGUGGCAAAGAUACCUGAAGUUACGGCACCUGUGGCAAAGAUACCUGAAGUUACAGCACCUGUGGCAAAGAUACCUGAAGUUACGGCACCUGUGGCAAAGGCACCUGAAGGUACAGCACCUGUGGCAAAGAUACCUGAAGUUACGGCACCUGUGGCAAAGGCACCUAAAGGUACAGCACCUGUGGCAAGAUACCUGAAGUUCACGGCACCUGUGGCAAAGGCACCUGAGUUCACGGCACCUGUGGCAAGGCACCUGAAGGUACAGCACCUGUGGCAAAGGCACCUGAAGUUAUGGCACCUGUGGCACCUGAAGUUAUGGCACCUGUGGCACCUGAGUUACGGCACCUGUGGCACCUGAAGUUACGGCACCUGUGGCAAAGACACCUGAAGUUACGGCACCUGUGACAAAGGCACCUGAAGGUACAGCACCUGUGGCAAAGAUACCUGAAGUUACGGCAUCUGUGGCAAAGGCACCUGAAGGUACAGCACCUGUG